AUGUUUUCCAUCUCUAUUGUUGGUGCAGGCAUUGGUGGCCUCUCGGCCGCCAUUGCUCUCGCCCGUGACGGCCACCAAGUGACAGUCUAUGAAGCAACAGAACCCUCCAAAAUCGGCGCCGGAGUGCAAAUCUCGCCCAAUGCCGUCCGCAUCUGGCUCUCCUGGGGACUGGCCGAAGCCCUCCGAUCAGUUGCUCUGUCGCCCACCUCGUUGCAACUCCGUCGAUGGGACAACGGCCGGCUGCUGGCGCGCACCAUGCUGGACAAGUGGGAACAGCGCUUCAAAGCGCCGUAUCUUGUCCUCCACCGGGCUGACCUCUACCGCGUGCUCUUCGCCCAUGCGACGGGUCUAGGCGUCACCGUGUGUGCCGGCUGUCGAGUGGUGGCCUACGAUAUCGACACCCCCACUCUCCGUCUGCACACCGGGGAGACGAUCGCACCAGACCUUAUCCUUGCCAUAGACGGGCUGCACUCCUCUGCACGAGCGCAGUUGUCGGAGAAACGACCGUGUCCAUCAGGGAUCGCCGCGUACCGGCUCAUUGUCCCGGUGGAGGCGGUACGGGCCGAUCCGCAGACCGCGUGGAUUGCAUCUAGCCGAGACUUGAAUUUAUGGGUGGGAGAAUCUUGUUCCGCAAUGGCAUACAUGAUUCGCAACCACACGCAGCUCAACCUGGUUCUCUCGCAUCCGGAUACCCAUCUGUCGUCUCCGUCGCAGCAAGGAUUAACAAAGGAAAUGGAGCAAUACUUUGGCAACUGGGAUACACGAUUGAUGGACAUUGUCCGCAAACAAGAGUCGAUCCAGAACUGGCCUCUAUACCAGAUCGCACUUGAUAGCUGGCUGGCUCCCUCGGGCCGAUUUAUGAUUCUCGGCGACGCUGCACAUGGCAUGUUGCCUUAUUUAUCCAUGGAUUAUCAAGGCAUCUCGAUGGCAGUCGAGGAUGCCGCAGCCGUUGCAAUCGCAUUGAAGACCGUCGACGAUGCGAGGAAUAUAUACUCAGUACUACGUCCUAUAGAGAUCAGUCGCAUGCAGAGGACUGCCCGGGUCCAGGAAGCCAGUGAGCAAGCGGCGGCAGUAUUGCAUCUCCCAGAUGGACCAGAACAGGAAGCCCGCGAUGAAGCGAUGGGGGAGAAGAGAGAGUACAGUCCAUAUGGGAUGUGUGACUAUGAGACUCAGGAGUGGUGCUAUGGCUAUCAAGCUUGA